AGCGUGUUUUACUUCAAAGUAGCAUAACUCUAGUUUGGAGCUGUGCUGUAAAAACAACGUUUUUUUUUACAUGAAUUUAAAACUUUGAAGAGGGAUGUUGGAUGGUGUGUUAUCAAACAACCCGUCAGCUGUUGUGGAGGCAGCGGAGCUGCAAACUGGUAACAGCAGACAAGAAGCUGAUAAAAAGCCACGAGGUGUUACAAACAAGCGUAUGAUGUUCCUUUGUAUUUUAUUAGCAAUAUCUGUAGUUGCUAAUAUUUUAUUUACUAUCUUAGUUAUAAAAGAUCCGGGUGCUCGGUAUUUUUGCCCAGAUAAUUGGAUUGGUUUCCAAGAUAAAUGCUAUUAUUUUUCUAAAGAAGAAGGAGAUUGGCAUUCAAGUACAUAUAACUGUUUGUCUCAAAAUGCUGACCUAGUUAUGAUUGACACUAUAGAAGAAAAGGAUUUUCUUAGGCGAUACAAGUGUGCUUCUGAUCACUGGAUUUGGCGAGACAUGACCAAAGAUCAAACAGGACAAUGGGUGAAUGGAAGCAUAGUUAAUAACUGGUUUAAUAUGACAGGGAAUGAAAUAUGUUUUUAUCUUAAUGAAGAUGGUGUUGCAAAAGCUAGAUGCUACACAGAAAGAAAAUGGAUUUGCAGGAAAAGAAUGCACUGAGUAAAUGUUUCUGGUAAUGGACUUACAGCCAUGGAUUUGCACUUGUGAUCUUCAGUGAAGAAAAGUAACAACCUUUGAGAGAGCCGCUAGAAAAGAGUAUUCAUGGACAUCUUGAUGUAAUUACACGAGCAUUAAAGAAUGGUGCUGAAGAGCUGCAACCUCUAGAAGAUUCAUAUUGUUUCAAUGAAAACAAACUUCUAAUUUUCUCAUGGUAUGAGAAAUGAAAUUAGGAAAGACACAUUAGAAAAUAAGGAAGGCAUAUAUUGUCCCCGGCUCUGAACAGGAAGAAAUACCACCUGAACACUAUAAACAAUCUGCAUGCACCUUCACUGGACAAUAAGCCAAUAUAUAACCAAUAUUUAUUGAUAAAUAAUAAUACUCCUUAUGGGCUUAUGAAUUCUGUAAUGCACUUUAACCAAAGUGUUUGUUUAAACAGAGAUGUUGUCAUAAAUGUUUGCCCAGGUUCUCAGACCCAGGGGCAAGUCUUUACAAGACCAAAUAUCUAGCAGUCCGUAAUUACACAGGGUCUUUGCAGUUGAGGGUAAAUUAUAAUUUUAUUCAGUUUGUUUAAUAUUUAUGAAUAUUUAAUAUGAAAAACUACAUGAUCUAUCCCAGGUGAUAGAAGUAAUUUUUGUGAACUUCUAGUUAUGUAUAGGUUCAAUAAAAUUCCUCUUCUUCUCUCUUAUGGGUUGAAUUAUGAGCCUAAAAGGUCGUGUUGAAAUUCUAACCCCCAGGACCUCCGACUGUGGCCUUAUUUGGAAAUUAUAAAUGUGGCAAAGGUAAUAGUUGAUAUAAAAUCAUUCCUACGGGCCCCAAUCUCUUUAGCUUUAGUGGUGUUAUAAAAAGAGGAAAUUUGGAUUCAGUGACAGACUCUAAAAAAGGGAAGACUAUGUGAAGACAAAAGGAAAAGACAGCCAUGUGACUGAAAUGAUUACCUAUAAGCCAAGGAAUGCUAAGGAUUGCCAACAAUUACCAGAAGCGAGAAGAGCUUCUCCUAGAUCAGUCUGAGAGAGCAUGACCCAGAAGGCAUAUUGAUGUUGGGUCUUCCAGUCUGCAAUACUGUGAGACAAUAAAUGUCUGUUGUUUUAAA